AAGAACCUCCAAAACCCCAUCCAUCAAUAUCCAUACAUCUCUCUUCAUUCACACGCAUAUAAAUACAUACGUAUACAUACAUAUAAUUCUAUAUACUAUAUGAUCUUACACCCAAAACUUAUUGAAGAAGAAAAGUGGAGAGGGUGAGAGAGGACAAGAAAAUGGCAAGAACCCAUCUCAUUUUUCUUCUUUUUCUAGCUCUUUUAUCAAAAUCAUCGGCAUCAUCACCAUCAUCAUUGCCUUCAAGAGAGCAAGAGAAGGACAGAAUCAAAGCACUUCCAGGGCAACCAAAAGUGACAUUCUCACAAUACUCAGGCUAUGUCAAUGUGAAUGAAUCUCAUGGUCGUUCUCUCUUUUAUUGGCUCACUGAGUCAACUUCUCCUCACACCAAACCCCUUCUUCUUUGGCUCAAUGGAGGACCAGGCUGCUCGUCGAUUGCUUAUGGAGCUUCAGAGGAAAUUGGACCGUUCCGUAUCAACAAAACCGGUUCCAGUCUCUUUCUCAACAAGUUCUCAUGGAACAAAGAUGCAAACCUCCUGUUUUUGGAAUCACCAGCCGGUGUAGGAUUUUCUUACACGAACACAAGUUACGAUCUUAAAAGCUAUGGAGACGAACAAACAGCACAAGACAAUUUGAUAUUUCUUAUCAAAUGGUUAUCAAGAUUUCCACAAUACAAAUAUAGAGACUUAUACAUCGCUGGUGAAAGUUAUGCUGGUCACUAUGUACCUCAGCUUGCCAAAAAGAUACAUGACUACAACAAAGCUUUCUCAAAACCCAUCAUCAAUCUCAAAGGAUUCAUGGUGGGGAACGCAGUGACGGACAAUGAGUACGACAGCAUAGGAACCGUAGCUUACUGGUGGACCCACGCAAUUAUUUCCGACAAAACCUACAAGUCAAUUCUCAAAAACUGCAACUUCACGGCCGAUAAAGUUUCCGACGACUGCGACACGGCUGUUAAUUACGCCAUGAACCACGAGUUCGGUGACAUUGAUCAAUACAGCAUUUACACUCCAACGUGCGUGGCCUCAAAACAGAAGAAAACUGGUUUCUUACGUAUGAAAAACACACUCUUGCGCAGACGGUUUGUGUCUGGAUACGAUCCUUGCACGGAGAGCUACGCAGAGAAGUAUUACAACCGUAAAGAUGUUCAGAGAGCUAUGCAUGCUAACGUCACAGGGAUUCGCUAUAAAUGGACAGCUUGCAGUGAUGUUCUGAUCAAGAACUGGAAAGACUCCGACAAGACGAUGUUACCUGUUUACAAGGAACUUGCAGCAGCUGGUUUGAGGAUAUGGGUUUUCAGUGGUGAUACAGAUUCGGUGGUUCCAGUGACGGCGACACGGUUUUCCCUAAACCAUCUCAAUCUCCCGGUGAAGACUCGUUGGUACCCUUGGUACUCGGGUAACCAGGUGGGAGGAUGGACGGAGGUUUACAAGGGACUGACCUUUGCAACAGUAAGAGGGGCGGGGCACGAGGUGCCUUUAUUCGAACCAAAGCGUGCUCUCAUUCUUUUCAAAUCGUUCUUGGCCGGAAAAGAGCUUCCAAAAUCUUAUUAGUAACCUAAACAUAGAGUAAGAGAAAAUGUCUCCAACAAGCACAAUCUAGCCUACCAGAUUAGGAUUCAAUUCCGAGUAAAUUAAACUCGGAAUUCUUGUUUUUUAUUUAUUUUAUAAUUUCUGUUUUAAAGUUUGAUUCAUUUCCACAAUUUGGAAAUCAUGAAACGAUUUGAGAGUAUUCAAGGAAUUGUUGAUAUUUUAAAGUACAAGGGUUCAAAUAUUUCGUCUUAGUUUAUAUCCAAAACAAAAUUAUUUAUCUCUGAUUCAUUAAGUAGAGUAAAGAGGUCUAGUUUCUUUUGCGUUGAUUCAUAUACAGAAACAAACUGCAGUUCUCAUACCUGAGAGUCGAGUGGGUUGCCUAAGCACUUUAACACAACAUCCGUCAAAACAUUCCCAGUUCUAUGAAUAUUUUGGGAAGGCAAAAGUUGAUUCAAAGGGUAUAAUGGUCAGUUUUUCAGAAUGGGUCCAAAUGAGACAAGUACGUGGCAUCCAGUCAACAAAUAUUAUACAUAUACACAUACACUCAUUGUACACAUUACACCAAACCACCGUAGUUUUCUUCUCCCACUGUUUCACUCUUUCUUUCAUCAACCCAGCUUUCAUUUUUGCUCUCUCUCUCUAGAUCCCAUCUCUUUCUUUUAAUUAUCUCUCAACAAAUUCUUCUCUACAUACCCAUUCAAUGACAACACCUAUAUGUGCUUUUUAAAUUCAAAUCUCUACCAAUCAUCAAACCCACCUCACAAAGACCAUAAUAAACCUAAUCAAUACAAAUAAAGGAAGAACUUUUUUUUUUCUUGUAUACUAGUCAGCAUUUGAAUGCCCUUCUGCAACUUCCAAAAGGGUUGCACCACACACACCAUAGACAAAAAGUGAAAAAGAAAGAAAAUAAAUGUUAUGAAUUCUUUUUCUUCCUAUUUUCUUUCUUUCUCCAUUUUCUUAGAUCACCAGUCCCAGUUUUCUGCUGUUCUGUCUCAAUAGACCCUCUCACCCAAAAAAAAAAAAAAGAAAAAGAAAAAUCAAAACUUUUAAUUUCUCAAUUGGUAAUGGGCACCCAGACAAUAAUGUGGUGUGGUGGCUUCUUCUUUGUGGUUUCUUUAAGUCUUUGGUCAAGUACAGAGUUGUUUCAUACAAGACUCUCCCUUUUUGCCCUUCUCUCUUCUUCCCCAGCUUUCUCACCUUCUUCCACAUCUCUAUCUCUCUCUUCCUCGCUUGUGUUUGCAAUUCACUGAUCAGAUCCGAUGAAGGAGAUUACUGACUUGGUCGAUCCCAGGAUCAUGUUCAAGCAUCAAUCCCUUUUGCAGGAUUAUCACGAGUUGAGAAAGGGAACAGAGUAUAAGAUGAGGAAACUGGAGGUGAUGAAGCAAAAACGAUCGGCCCUUGAUGCACAAGUUAGGUUCUUGAGACGCAGAUACAAACACUUGAAGCAAGACCAAACUCUUGAAACAUCUCCCGACACGCUGAGAUUGUCCGAAUCUGGAGGAGAUGUGAAGGUAACAACAAGUGGCAAAAGAAAGAAGCACUCUGGUCCAUGGUUUGAUUUGAAGCGCAAGGAUACAGUUUGCAAUGACAAUAAUGCAAGGAGCAGAGGAAACGAGGUUUUAACUCCACUUCCUGAUCUUAACGACAACACUCUGGUGGUCAGCAGCAAAGUCUCGGGCUUUGACCUAAACCUGGUCUCGAGAGAAGAAGAAGAGGAGCCGGAAGGGAAUGGUGAAGCAACAAAGAAAGUAAUGCUUGGUAAUGGAAUCGAUUGCGAGAUGAAGUUGCCGAUUUGCAGAGACGUGGGGAAAGAGAUUAGUAGAGCAGUGAAGAGGAAGGUGUCAUGGCAAGAUCCAGUGGCUCUAAGGGUUUGAGAUUUUUCAAGUGUAUGAAGUAGGAUUGAGAAUAUGAUUUAGCCCAAUAUUUUGCACAUUAUGCUUUAUAUAUGUAUACAAGUAUAGAUGAUGAGUUAGCAAGUCAUAACUAUUCACAUGUUCCAACUCUUGUCUUAGUGACAAUCAGAACUGGUGACAAUUGGUGGUUACAUAAUCUCGUGUAUUGUGUUGUAUGUUCUGUCUUUACUCAUUCUCUUCAUAACUUCAUUCUCUGUUCUGUUA